GUGGCCGGGGCAGCCCGAGGUGCAGCCGCCUCCCCGGCACGGGGCGGGGGAAGGGCCUCGCGGGGCGGCUGGCUCGCGGGGAGGUGCCGCGGCCGUUAUCCCGGCCGUAACGGUCGCGCGGGGGCCGCGCGGAGCCGCGGUCUCUUCAGCGCCUUCUCGCCCUGUCGCGCCCGCCUCGGGCCGCCAUGGGCCUCACCAAGCAGUACCUGCGCUACGGGCCGGCCGCGCUCUUCGGGCUGGUGGCCAGCGCCAGCGGCAACGCGGCCUUCGUGGCGCUGCGCGGCGAGCGGGGCCGUUGCGUGGCCGUGCCGGCCUGCGAGCACGUCUUCGUGUGGGACACGCGGAAAGGCGAGAAGGUCCUUAUCCUUAAGGGUCUCAAGCAGGAGGUCAGUUGUCUCUGCGCUUCUCCAGAUGGGUUGCACUUGGCUGUUGGGUAUGAAGAUGGAUCAAUCCGUGUCUUCAGCCUCCUAAGUGGAGAAGCAAAUGUCACUUUCAAUGGACACAAGGCUGCAGUGACUGCCCUGAAGUAUGACCAGCUGGGGGGCCGGCUGGUGUCUGGCUCAAAGGACACAGAUGUCAUUGUGUGGGAUGUCAUCAAUGAGAGUGGCUUGUACCGGCUGAAAGGGCACAAGGAUGCAGUCACGCAAGUGCUGUUCCUGAAGGAGAAGAACCUGCUGGUUACCAGUGGCAAAGAUACAUUGGUGAAAUGGUGGGACUUGGACACCCAGCACUGCUUCAAAACUCUGGUUGGACACCGUACAGAGGUUUGGGGGCUAGCUUUGGUGUCGGAAGAGAAGCGCCUGAUCACUGGGACUGCUGACAGCGAGCUGAGGGUGUGGGAUAUCACUUACAUCCAGGAGGAACAGGAUAAAGACCCUGAUGAGCCAGAAUCCAAGAAAAGCAAAGGCUCUUCACUUCGAGCAGAAGAAAACACUGGAGAAGAUGAGACCUUAGAGCUGGAUGAGUGUCCUGAGGAGCGCCUCCUAAAGUGCAGCAAAGUUGGAUCCAUCAUGCGGGAAGGGAGAGACCGAAUAGUUACUCUUGCCACAGACGGAACAGGCAAAAUUUUGGCCUGUCAUGGAACAGAUGCUGUGCUGGAAGUGUUCUCUGUUCUUUCUGAAGAGGAAGUCCAAAAGAAAUUGGAAAAAAAAAUGAAGAAAGCAAAGAAAAAAGCCAAACAGAAGUCUGAAGAAGAGCCUGAAGGGAGUGUGGAGCUGAGCCUACAGGAGGAGAUUCAGCGGGUCACUAACAUCAGAGCUUCUGCUAAAAUCAAGUCGUUUGACUUGAUUCUCUCCCCAAAAGGAGAGCUGAAGAUUGUAUUGGUGCUCCAGAACAACAUCAUUGAGUCAUACAACCUGAACCUGUCAGCGCAAGUCCCACAGGCUGUCCGUGCAUCUAAGAUAACAAUUGGAGGCCACCGCAGUGAUGUCAGGACGUUGGCUUUUAGCUCUGACAACAUUGCCAUUCUCUCAGCAGCUGCAGAGUCUGUAAAGAUUUGGAACAGAUCAACCUUGCAGUGCAUCCGAACGAUGGAGUGUGAGUAUGCACUCUGCUCGCUCUUUGUGCCUGGAGAUCGACAAGUCAUCGUUGGCACUAAGACAGGGAAGCUGCAGUUGUAUGACCUGGCUUCUGGGAGUCUGAUGGAGACACUUGCUGCUCAUGACAAGGCGGUGUGGUCCAUUGCUCUUUCGCCAGACCAGCGUGGCUUUGUGACAGGAGGUGCUGACAAAUGUGUCAAGUUCUGGGAGUUUGAGCUUGUGAAGGAUGAAAGCAGCAUUCAAAAAAGACUGUCCAUAAAACAGGUGCGCAUCUUGCAACUGGAUGAAGAUGUUCUCUGUGUGCGGUACAGCCCCAACCAGAAGCUGUUGGCUGUCUCUUUACUGGAUUGCACUGUGAAGAUUUUCUACACUGACACACUCAAGUUUUUCCUCUCUCUGUAUGGACACAAGCUGCCAGUGCUGUGCAUGGACAUUUCUUACGAUGGGGCUCUCAUUGCAACUGGCUCUGCUGACAGGAAUGUGAAGAUUUGGGGCUUGGAUUUUGGAGACUGUCACCGUUCUCUCUUUGCCCAUGAUGACAGUGUGAUGUAUCUCCAAUUUGUGGCCAAAUCCCAUCUCUUCUUCACAGCGGGGAAGGACAACAAGAUUAAGCAGUGGGAUGCAGAUAAAUUUGAGCACAUCCAGACACUGGAGGGGCAUCACCAGGAGGUGUGGUGCUUGGCACUCAGUCCCAAUGGAGACUAUGUGGUUUCGUCAUCCCAUGACAAGUCCCUGCGUCUCUGGGAAAGGACAAGAGAGCCCCUUGUGCUAGAGGAGGAAAGGGAGAUGCAAAGAGAAGCUGAAUAUGAGGAGAGUGUGGCAAAGGAGGAGCAGCCUGUGGUGGCUGGAGAGACACAAGGAGAGACGGGGCUAGCAGGAAGGAAGACUAUUGAAACGAUCAAAGCGGCUGAGCGGAUCAUGGAAGCUAUUGAGCUGUACAGAGAAGAGAUGGCAAAACUAAAAGAGCACAAGGCCAUAUGCAAAGCUGCAGGAAAAGAGGUUCCACUUCCUGUUAAUCCCAUUCUCCGUGUCUAUGGAAAUAUUACACCUUCUGAGUAUGUGCUAGAAGUUUUCAAGAAGGUCAAGUCAAGUGAGCUGGAAGAGUCUCUCCUGGUAUUGCCCUUCUCCUAUGUCCCCGACCUCCUCAGACUCUUCAAUGAACAUAUUCACCUGGGCUCAGAGGUAGAACUCCUGUGCCGAGCUCUCCUCUUCCUACUCAAGAUACAUUUUGGGCAGAUCACGAGCAAUCACAUGCUGGUGACUGUGAUAGAGAAUUUGAAGAAAACCACCAUCUCCAGAGUCAGCGAGGCCCGGGAUGUGUUGGGAUUCAACAUGGCAGGUCUGCAGUACCUGAAGAGGGAGAUUGAGGCCAAAGAUAAGGUGACAUUUUUUGCUGAUGCUACUGACCGUUUUGAGGAGAAGAAGAGGAAGAGAAAGAAGAAGGAAAAGAUGGUUCUUGCAGUGGUUUAGCAUAUGCUGCCCAAGACCCCAGCACUAGGAUGGGGUCGUGUAGCCCCCAUGCUGGCCAUGGAACUGUUCUUGUGCUGAACAUCUGUGAUGAUGCCCAGUGACUGGGGUGAAGAUCUGUCCCCUCACUGUGUGGAAUAACUCACCUUUCACUGUGGGGUAUAAUGCCAACUCGGAAUGAGUGUCUCUCCCUAGUGAAAUGAACUCUUUAUGGUCUGUUGUAUGUGCAUAUAUUUGAGCUGUUUCUGAGGCAGCUGUCAAAGGUGCAGGCUUUUCCUCUAGCUGAACGCCUAUUAGAAAUGGAUUUCAUUUCUCCUGCUGAAGCGAUCAGCUAACUCUGGCAAUGUGUUAACUGAAUGAGGUGAAUUAGCGCAUGGAUUGCUGCUGGGAUUGUGCCCUAUCCAUAGAAGGCACCUGGCAAGGUUUUUUGCUGUUUUGACACCUGCUUAUGGUUUGUGGAGGUGCUCAGAUGGUGUAAGCACAGCUGUGAUAUUUCUGCAGAGGUGCAAGAACUUGGUCUGCAUCUACUCACUUUUCAGUGGGACAAGGAAAGACAUGGCUGCAAUCAGUUAAAGGCAUAUUUCAAUAUGCUUUAUCAGACAACUCUGUUCUUGGAGUUCUGUGGGAGCAAAUUAAAGGGUUGCAGUCAAUGAUUGUGCUCUUUUGUACAGCUGGCAGACUGAAAGCAUGGGAAGCAAAGGUUAUUUGCAUUAUACUUGCUCCAGUUCACUAGAAGUUUGCACAGAAUUGGUGCAAUGUUGUACUUAUCCUGUAUCAGAUAAAAUGAUUUGUUCUCAGAGCAGGGAGGGAGGGGUGAUUAAAGUAAGCAAGUCUGCUGCAUUUUUGUAAAUUA